UGCGAACGGAAGUCCCUCUGAAAACCCUGCUUUGGUCGUACAGUGAAACGCUCGGUGUGUGUGUGUGUGUGUGUGUGUGUGGUGUGUGUGUGUGUGUCGUUUGAGAGCGUGUGUUUCGGCUUCCUGCGCGGCGUCCGCACACCGUCCGUCUCGUCAGUGUAGAUCGGCUCACCAUGGCGGAAGGACGCAGAGAACAACCGCCUCAUCCUCCUCUCUCCGUACCACCAGCAAGCAAGCGACCCUGCCUCCGCCCCGCACCCAGAGGUCCCGGGCCGGGGCCAGGGCACGGCAGCGGCUCGCCCGGCUCCCGGUAUCGCUCCCCGGAGUCUCUCCUGGACUGCGCCGCUAAAGCGGUAGCGGAAAAGUGGGCCUUUGAGAGAGUGGAGGAGCGCUUCGAGCGGAUUCCGGAGCCCGUCCAGCGCCGUAUCGUCUAUUGGUCUUUCCCACGCAACGAAAAGGAGAUAUGCAUGUACUCUUCGUUUCAGUGCAGGGUGGCCGGCGAGGAAGGUCCGUUGGCGGCCGCCGCUGGAACUGUGGGGACAGGGUCCGGAGCUACAAACGCCGGUGGCGGCGCAGGAUCUACCGCUGGUGCAGCGGCUGCCGUGGGGGCGGCCGGAGUAGUGGGCACGGGAGACGGACUCCCUUUCCGACGGGGAAUUAGGCUGCUGGAAAACGGCUGUGUGGAAAAUGUUUUGCAAGUCGGGUUUCACCUGAGCGGCACUGUGACCGAGCCGGCUACAGCCUCGGAACCAGAGGUGACCCACAAGGUGGCAAUCAGCUUUGAUCGAUGCAAGAUCACCUCGGUCACCUGUGGCUGCGGGAACCGAGACAUUUUCUACUGCGCGCAUGUGGUUGCGCUCUCUCUCUACCGGAUCCGCAAGCCUGAGCAGGUGAAGCUCCGGUUGCCCAUAUCAGAAACUCUGUUCCAGAUGAACAGAGAUCAGCUGCAGAAGCUGGUCCAGUAUCUGAUCACUGCCCACCACACUGAGGUUCUGCCCACGGCACAGAAACUGGCCGAUGAGAUCCUCUCCUCCAACUCCGAGAUCAACCAGGUUCACGGUGCUCCAGACCCGACUGCAGGCGCCAGCAUUGACGAUGAUAACUGCUGGCAUCUGGACGAGGAUCAAGUCAGGGAGCAGGUCAAACAGUUUUUGUCGCAGGGAGGAUACUACGGCUCCGGAAAGCAGCUCAACUCCAUGUUUGCAAAGGUACGGGAAAUGCUCCGAAUGCGGGACUCCAACGGCGCUCGAAUGCUAACGUUGAUAACGGAGCAAUUCAUGGCGGACCCUCGACUGUCACUGUGGAGACAGCAAGGCACAGGGAUGACGGACAAGUGCCGGCAGCUCUGGGAUGAACUGGGUGCGCUGUGGGUGUGCGUGGUGCUGAAUCCGCACUGUAAAAGCGAGGAAAAGAGCGGCUGGCUGAAGCAGCUGAAGAAGUGGGGAGACAUGGACGUCUGCCCGCUGGAGGACGGAAACUACGGCAGCGAGCUUCCGAACAUCACCAACGCCCUGCCGCAGAGCAACCUCGCUCAAGACUCUCUGUCCAGACCGAGGCGGACGGUGUUCAGCCGCGCCGUUGAGGCGUGUGACCUCCACUGGCAGGACAGCCACCUCCAGAGGAUCAUCAGCAGCGACUACUACAUGUCUCCGUCCUACCAGAGGGAAGGGGAGAGCUUGCUGUUCAACCCUCAAGGGCUGCCGCUCUGGCUAGACCACGUCCCGACGGCGUGCGCCCGCGUCGACGCCCUGCGUUCGCACGGCUACACGAGAGAGGCGCUGCGCUUGGCCGUCGCCAUCAUCAACACGCUUCGCCUCCAGCAGCAGAGACAGAUGGACAUCUACAAGCACCAAAAGAAAGAGCUUCUCCAGAGAAAUGUUACCUCCACCACCAACCUGGAAGGCUGGGUGGGUCAUCCAUUAGACCCAAUCGGUUGUCUAUUCAUCACCCUCACGGAAACUUGCCGCAUGGAUGACGAUAACUCUAUGGACACUGGAGAAGGCGAUCCCAGACCUCCGGUCUACCACCAUGUGCCAGUGUGGGGGUGUCCAGAUGUGGGGGAGUCCUACCUGACCCUAGCCUUGGAAGUGGCCCUGAUGGGCAUGGGCCAGCAGAGGAUCAUGCCAGAGGGAUUGUACGCCCAGGACAAGGUGUGUCGUAACGAAGAGCAGAUCGUCUCCAAACUGCAGGAGCUGGACCUGGACGACCUGCUGGUCCAGACGCUGCGGAAGCAGGCCGUCCAGCUGCUGGAAGCCGGUCCGUUCAGCGGCCUCGGAGAAGUCAUCCACAGAGAAAGCGUUCCCAUGCACACCUUUGCCAAAUACCUCUUCUCGGCUCUGCUGCCGCACGACGCAGACCUGGCUUACAAGGUGGCUCUCCGGGCCAUGAGGCUUCCAGUCCUGGAGUCGUCGGCAGGCUCCGGGGACGUGGGCCACCCUCACCACGGCAUCUCCAUUGUUCCCAGCAGAUACCCGCGCUGGUUCACUCUCGGCCACCUGGAGUCGCAGCAGUGUGAGCUAGCCUCCACCAUGCUAACUGCUGCUAAAGGGGACAUGUUGAGAUUGCGGACGGUGCUGGACGCCAUUCAGAAAAACAUCCACUCUUCUUCCCUCAUCUUCAAACUGGCCCAGGAUGCCUUUAAGAUCGCCACGCCCGCAGACAGUCCACCAGAUAUCACCCUGCUCAAUGUGGCGUUGGAGUUGGGGCUGCAGGUGAUGAGAAUGACACUGUCCACUCUGAAUUGGAGAAGGAGAGAGAUGGUCCGCUGGCUGGUAACAUGCGCCACUGAAGUCGGUCUGCGUGCAUUAGUGAGCAUCUUGCAGAGCUGGUACACUCUGUUCACGCCAACCGAGGCCACCAGCAUCGUGGCGGCCACCGUCAUGUCCCACAACACCAUCUUGCGCCUCAGCCUGGACUACCCGCAGCGGGAGGAGCUGGCCAGCUGUGCGAGGACGUUGGCGCUGCAGUGCGCCAUGAAAGACCCUCAGAACUGCGCCCUGUCGGCUCUGACGCUCUGCGAGAAGGACCACAUCGCCUUCGAGACGGCCUACCAGAUUGUGAUCGACGCCGCCUCCACGGGCAUGACGUACUCGCAACUGUUCACCAUCGCGCGCUACAUGGAGCACCGAGGAUAUCCGCUCCGGUCGUUCAAGCUGGCGUCUCUCGCCAUGACUCACCUCAACCUGGCCUACAACCAGGACACACACCCGGCCAUUAACGACGUGCUCUGGGCCUGCGCGCUCAGCCACUCCUUGGGGAAAAACGAACUCGCAGCCAUCAUCCCGCUGGUGGUGAAGAGCGUGCACUGUGCCACGGUGCUGUCCGACAUCUUGCGGCGGUGCACCAUGACGGCGCCGGGACUGGCCGGCAUCCCCGGACGAAGGAACUCUGGGAAGCUCAUGUCAACGGACAAGGCGCCGCUGCGACAGCUUCUGGACGCCACCAUCUCGGCGUACAUCAACACCACGCACUCUCGACUGACGCACAUCAGUCCGCGGCACUACGGGGAGUUCAUAGAGUUCCUCAGCAAAGCACGGGAAACUUUCCUUUUGGCACAGGACGGCCAUAUUCAGUUCGCCCAGUUCAUAGACAACCUGAAACAGAUCUACAAGGGCAAAAAGAAACUGAUGAUGUUGGUCAGGGAGCGCUUCGGCUGACCUUCACCCUGCCUCAGAGACCUCCUUUUUGGGAAGUAGUUAAAACUUAUUGGUUUAUUUAAUUUUUUUUGUAAUUAUUAUUUUGCUUUUGGAUUUUUACUUUUAUAUGUUGAGCCAUUUCUUGACCAAGUCUUAAGUUUUCGUUGCGUUUCGUUUCUUGAAUGUGAACCAAAAAGUGUUCGCCGUACUCGCUCUACGUUAACCGUUGCUUCGAAACACAGGACCUAAAGUGUCGCAGAAGUAACAAAGAAUCAAACUCAACCAAUUCAUAUUUUUGAAAUGAUCAGAACAUUAAAAGAAUGUUAUUAUAAAAGCAAAAGAAAUACUUGCUUCCUGCCUGCUUGCGGCCGUUUUGGAUUGGGUGUGUGUAGUCUUUGUAGAGGUUAAGAAGAUUUGGCCUCUCAAAGUGAAGGGAACGUCAUAAAGAACACACAGCGGUUGAAAAUGCACAGUGUUAAGGUCAUACCUCGACUGUCGGCUUUAACUCCUCUGUUAGGAAUCGCCUCUCAUUUCAUUCAGGGCUUCUUAGAGCGGAGAGGACGGAUAACACAGCUACCUGUUCUCACUAGUUGAACAUUUAAAUACCUUCACCUGCUGCAUGGUGAGGGUGACGCUAUACAGAGUGCAUGUUUUGAGGGUGACCUUCUGGCUGCUUUCGUUCCUAGUUUAGCCUUCACGUGUACAUCAGCAUAUUCUUGUAUACACUGUAUGCUUCGUGUCAUCCUGUUAGCGACACAAGAUGCCAUGUUUGAUGAGGUGAAGGCGUUCCUCAUGUCCUGAGAUGCCACUUCACUGCUAACUCUGCUGUUUGUGGCCAAAGCUUUCAAAAGCGUAAAGCGUCACCGCUAACAUCAGCAUUCAGUCAACGAUUUAAUUCAGGUAUGUCUUUUAGUUUCAUCACUCGGUGGCAUUAACCUGGCGAUCUUUGUGUUUCGUUGCGAAACUUUGACAACAAUUUUGGACCUGGAACUUGGUCGUACAUCAGUUUGUCACCUGAAUCCCUUUUCCAUCACAAGAACACUGGCUAAAACUGAGAAUUGUACCCAUUUGUGUUGUUUAAGCAUAGCCGCUGGACAUAUUAAGAAAAUUUGCUGCCAAGUAGAACUGCUUAAGUUGUUAUCCAGUUUUCACUAUAGUUUCACGGGGGCAUUAAUGUGGCUGAAAACAGCAAAAUCUUCGAGCACUCUAUUGUUUGAGGAGCAGUCAGCUCAUUCUACUGUUAGCAUCUUUUUAAUGCUACUAGUAGCAAUGAGCUAAAUCCUUUACCUCUAGUUAGCCCUCGUACAUUAACCACUUGAAAUAAUUAUUUGCUGGCUCACAAAAUUAACAAAAUUGUUUUAAUCAGUUAUUGUGUAUUUACAGUGAUAUAAAUAUAUAACCCCUAAAAUUGAUUGUGCACUUACAAAGUGUCUGCUACCCGUUUUCCCGCCAAAAUGGAUCAUUUGCUAGGGUUUUUUAUUUUUUACUUUUGGUUUUUCAAAAGAUUUUUUUUUUUUUUUUAAAGUAGCAAGUGAACAUCUGAAAGUAAAUGCUAAGAUUCCUCCAAGAUCAUUCUUUUAAAGAAAAAAAAAUUAAUUAGUAUAGUUUUGCUACGUUACAUUAGCUAACAAACUUUAUGUGGCAAGCCAGUGUCAGAACUUAAUUUUUGAAAAUUGACCCAAAAAAGGGCAUGAAUUAAAUCUACCUUUUGGUAGACGGCCAAUAUGGCAUAUAUAUAUAUAUGCUGGAAAAAAAAUUCCUCAACCUUUUGUUUCGACACUUUUCACAGAUGGCUGUGUGAAAUUAUUAAGGCUAAAUAACCCUACAUUUUUAAUUUUUUUUGUUCUUGUGAUGGAAAACUCUGUGAACCUUCCUGUGAAUACUACUGGUUUGUAUCAUUCUCUACUGUGAAGACGAGUGGCCUUUCCCCCCCCCCCCCCCAAAGGUUUCAGAGAUGCACAGUGAACCACACAAAAAUUACUGCAUUUUGUCGCAACGUGAUGCGUUCAUCGUAAGUAUUCGAGGCCGCGUGGCUCGGCACGGGAGGUUUCCUUCUCCAUGGUCCGCUGUCUCACCCGGUGGCAAAAUGUCAUCUCUAAACAAGAGCUUAAGUCUUUAACUGAUCAGACUAAAUGUACAAGCACUUCACACAGUUACCUCUUCACUACGUUCUUGCCUGCUUCAGCAUUUAUUUAUUGAUUGUUUUUUGACUUUUUAAAAAUGAUUAUUAUUUUUUUUUUCUAUUCACUGAGUUUGAAAUGGCAGACACACAGAAUAAGAACCACACUGUAUUUAAAUAAAAGAGGCUACAUGAGUUGAAGGGUUCUGGAACAGAGGGACAUUUUUGUUUAAUUUUUUUUAUUUCCUAUCUGCUUCGACAUUCCACGAGAGCAAACUUUUCACGAACUGUACCCGGGUAAGUCGGUCAUGAUAACUGCGCCUUUUUCAGAUCAGGAGAAAUGCAGAUAGAGGAAUGGGUGGGGAAAAACUGAGGAUGGGGAGGAGAGAAAGAGGAAAAGGCUAAAAAGGCUAAACUCAGUUCUCAGGGACAUCACUUAAAGAAACAAAAACAAAAAGUAGUAGCAUUAAGCAUUUAAGAUAUUGUAAAUAAUAAAGUGUCAAUUGAGAAAAUUGUAAAGUUCUAAUUAUUUAUAAUGAAUAUGUUAUGUGGGUUUUUUUUGUCGUUGUUUAUUUUCGGCGGGGUGUACUUGAACUGUUCUGCGUGGGGGAAAUUUGACGCCGUUUCUUUUGUAAGAGCAAAGAUUUCAAGGCAUUUCUCAGGUGCUCCUGUGUACUUUUGUUUCGGUUUUAUCAUUUUUUUUUUUGCUAAAAAAAAUUAAUCUUUAUUCAGUUUGCAAUGACAAAAAAAGAAACAAAAAAUCUGUUUUCCUAAAAGAAAGCAAGUUUUUUUUUUUUAACAGUUGGGAAGAUUGAGGGAGGCAUACAUUUGUAAACUGAUUUGUACUAAACCUGACUAUGCAGAACCACUUUGAGGGUCUCGUCCGGGAGUGAAAAAUUGAGGGGAUGCGGAGGGCGAGACCUGGUGGGCCGAACCACUAUCAGAAAGAAGAAGAAAAAGUAGUAGAAGGAGAAAGGAAUGGAGGAAAGAGGAAGAGAGCUUGCGUUGGGUCGAUGUUACAUCUGCUGCAACUUCUUGAGGUUGAGGCGAAGGAGGAAAAAAAAAAAUUAACCAAUGGUAGAAAAUGCCUUUCUGACCGAUCAAUGUACAAAGUUCUUUCUUUUUUUUUGUGCGUCUUUGUUUUGUUUUUUACUUUUUUUCUGUCCUUUAUUAUCAAGACCGGAGCCUUCGGUGUCUUCUUGUGUGGUUACUCUGCAGUGAGACGGAAUAACACAAACAUUUGUGUUGGCAACAGUACCUGAUGGCCUGUUUCAUUCAUAAUACCAUUUAUAUAACAAAAGAAAACAUUUUCUCCUCAGAGUUGACUUUUUUUUUUUUUUACAUUACCGUCGUUUACUUGUUUUUGUCCCCAUGCGGUUGGACGUCUCUUCUGUCGAUCUAGGUUGUGAAGCUGUGCGUCGCAGCGUUUUCCCUCCGUCGUCCUGCAGCUCACGCACACAUAUGCACGCACGGCUAACUUAUGCAAAACUAAAAGAUGCGAGGCUUCGACAUCGUAACAUUGACGGAUUUUUGAAAAAGGUCCAAAGGCGACACCAAUUCACCAACUGCAUAACCCGAAACUAAUUCCUGAGGGUUCUGUUUAAGUUUUACCCCCCACCCUCGUCUUUUCUUUUGUUUGUAGGAGAUUACUGUUUGUUAGUAGAAGAUAUAGUUCACCUCCCUGUUUUGUUUUCGUUUCAGAUCCAUUCUUAACUUAAGGGAUAAUUGAAAGUGUUUGUUGCCUCUGUGCUACUGAUUUUUGAAAAGCUUUUUCCAGUAUUUGUUGCCACAGAAGUAUCAUAGCUUAUCAUCACUUUUUUUGUACCUUUUUUUUGUGUGUGUGCGCGACUUUUUGAGCUACUGUCUAUAAAGCAAGAUUUUAUUACUAUUUAUGUAACGCUACUACCAUUUUAUAUUGAUUUGUGUUGAGAUCUCAGUGCUUUUCUAUGAAUAAAGUGUGAAACACA